AUGUCAGACAUUGUUCUCGAGGAAAUCUUCAUCAAAAGGUCGCAGCAGAAGAAAAAGACCUCCCCUUUGAACUUCAAGGAGCGCUGGUUCAUCCUAACCCAGGAGAAAAUAUCUUACUACGACUACGAUGCUGACAAAAUGAAAAGAAAAGGAUUUAAGGGAUCUGUGGACCUGGAGAAGAUAAAGUGUGUGGAGAUUGUCCAACCAGAGAUGGGUGCACCACUGGAGCGAAGCUUUCCCUUCCAGAUCAUUUAUGACGAAGGACCGUUGUAUAUCUUUGCCAGAAAUGAAGAUAUUCGUGCUCAGUGGAUUGACACAUUAAAACAAAUGGUGCAUCACAAUAAGGAUCGGAUGCAGAAGUACCAUCCAUGUUUUUGGGUGGAUGGAAUGUGGCUCUGUUGCCAACAGGAAGUUAAACAAGCCAUGGGUUGCAAGGUCUUGGAUGGAAAAAAUGGCACUUCUCAGAGGAGAAAACCUCGAGUCAGAGAGAAACCUCUUCCACCAACACCUACAGAGGAGAAAGUUGCUCGACCGCUACCCCCAGAGCCUGCGGAGCCUUCAGGUCUGUCUGUGGGGAUGACAGUGAGAGCAGAGUACGACUACAGCCCGAUCACAGCACAAGAUCUGCAGCUGAAGAAGAACGGCGAGUACACCAUCCUCGAGAUGUCCGAUCCAAACUGGUGGAAGGCCAGGGACCAACUUGGAAAUGAGGGCUAUAUACCUAGUAACUACGUUGUGGAAGCAAAAACUGGUUUGGAACAAUAUGACUGGUAUUGUAAGAAUAUGAACCGUAGCCAAGCAGAAGCGCUGCUAAAGUCUGAGAACAAAGAUGGUGGUUUCUUGGUUCGAGACUCAAGCAAGGCUGGGAAGUACACUGUGUCUUUAUUCAGCAAGGGCGGAGGGGAAACCCAGGGGAGCUGCAAGCAUUACAACAUCUGCACCUCGUCACAGGGGCAGUUUUACCUGGCAGAAAAGCACAAUUUUAACACUAUUCCGGAACUCAUUACCUACCAUCAACACAAUGCAGCAGGUAUGGUCAGCAGACUCAAAUACAUCAUAUCCAACCGGGCUCAGCCACCGUCAACAGCUGGACUCGGCUAUGGUGUUUGGGAGAUUGACCCGCGUUACUUGACCUUCAUAAAAGAACUGGGCAAUGGUCAAUUUGGCGUGGUGAAAUAUGGCAAACUGCGAGGCCAGAACGACGUAGCCAUAAAAAUGAUUAAAGAGGGUUCAAUGUCCGAGGACGAUUUCAUUGAAGAAGCCAAAAUAAUGAUGAAGCUGCGUCAUGAAAACCUUGUGCAGUUGUAUGGCGUGUGCACCAAACAAAGGCCCAUCUAUAUUGUGACUGAGUAUCUCUCCAAUGGCUGCCUUCUGACUUAUCUGAAGGAAGGGUUGACGCAGCAUCCAACCACAGUGCAACUUUUGGAGAUGUGCAAGGAUGUCACUGAGGGCAUGGCAUAUCUGGAAUCCAAACAGUACCUUCACAGGGAUCUGGCCGCCAGGAACUGCUUGGUAGAUAGUAAUGGCACAGUUAAAGUCACAGACUUUGGACUUUCCAGGUAUGUGCUGGAUGAUGAGUACACCAGUUCGGAAGGCUCAAAGUUUCCAGUGCGGUGGUCUCCUCCUGAGGUGCUCCUUUACUGCAAGUUCAGCAGCAAAUCGGACAUCUGGGCGUAUGGAGUCUUAAUGUGGGAGGUAUACACGUUGGGAAGACUUCCAUAUGAGAGACUCAAUAACACAGAAAUAGUUGAUCAAGUGCCUCGAGGCCUGCGUCUCUACCGCCCCCAGCUGGCCAAUGAAAGAGUCUACAGCAUUAUGACAAGUUGCUGGCAAGAGAAAGCAGAUGAAAGACCUUCGUUUCAAGAACUAGGUCUGCUGGGAAAAGUGUGUGGACAAACCAGGCCCCAAGCUGGACACAAGGACUGA